CAUCAACCUCCUCACCAGCCCCCACCCGCCGCCGCAAGGAAUUCCACCGCACACGAGACCAGGAGAGGAAGGCGCACACAGCUAGCUACGCGAGGCCAAGAACAAGAACAACAACCAGCCAGCCAGCGCGAAGAUGCCGUGCAUCCAGGCGUCCAGCCCCGGCAGCAUGCCGCACCAGCACCACGGCCGGGUCCUGGCCGGCGUCGGGUGCGCGGCGCAGGUGGCCGCGGCUGUCGCGGCGAGCACCGUGGGGAUGCGGUGCGGGGCGCACGACGGCGAGGUGCCGGCGGAGGCGGCGCGCCACCACGAGCACGGGGCGCCGGGGCCCGGGCGGUGCUGCUCCGCGGUGGUGCAGCACGUGGCGGCGCCGGCCGCGGCGGUGUGGUCCGUGGUGCGGCGGUUCGACCAGCCGCAGGCGUACAAGCGGUUCGUGCGCAGCUGCGCGCUCCUGGCGGGCGACGGCGGCGUGGGAACGCUCCGGGAGGUGCGCGUCGUGUCGGGCCUCCCCGCGGCGUCCAGCCGCGAGCGCCUCGAGAUCCUGGACGACGAGAGCCACGUCCUCAGCUUCCGCGUCGUCGGCGGCGAGCACCGGCUCCAGAACUACCUCUCCGUGACCACCGUCCACCCGUCGCCGGCCGCGCCCGACGCCGCCACCGUCGUCGUGGAGUCCUACAUGGUGGACGUGCCGCCGGGCAACACCCCCGAGGACACCCGCGUGUUCGUGGACACCAUCGUCAGGUGCAACCUCCAGUCGCUGGCCACCACCGCCGAGAAGCUCGCCGCCGUGUCGACGUGAGGAGGGACAUCCAUCUCCGUGGGCGAUCCGAUCGAUAGAUGGUUUUUCCGGGGGCGGGAAAGGGUUGCGUGUUUCUUCGGCGCGUGAGCUUUUCUUCUUCUUCUUCUUGUUUCUUUGUCACUUCACAUUUGACCCCUCAUCUUUUUCCAUAUUUUUUUCUCGUUGUUGCGAGAGACACACAACCCUCCCUCCCGUCCCUUGUCCAAAGAUUCAAGAGAUGACAAAUCGAUAGAGAUUUAAGUUCCGGCACACGCUCGAAUUUCUCUGUACAUAUAUAUGUUCAUGGUAGUAGAUAUGGUCUGGAAAGCACAAAGCGCACAAGAUUGUAUGUCCUUUUGCAAGUUUUGAUCUGAAUGUACCAAAUGCAUAGUAUGUGCGUGUCCCGUGAGUACAGAAAAUGAGAAAACUGAUCAUGCUUCCAUUGUC